UUCCACUUUGCCUUGAGACCUUGACCAUACCCACGAUCUCAGCAAAGGAAAGAGAUAUACAACAACAGUCACCCAGACAGAGCACUCUUCCAUACCAACACUUCACAUUACCGCAAAUAAUGGCAGACCAACUGGUGAGUGAACAGCUGCCCACUCGGACCAUCCGUGGUGGAGGGGGUUGGGGAGCGUCGAUGGAUCUGGAAGCUUGCAUCGGCUACGCUACACCACGAUUAUCGGGCACCUCAACAGGCAGUCGUUCGUAUCAGGGGAAGCUUCAAAUCUUCGCGCCGAUACAAGCCUGGGAGGCUCUCAAAGACCUAGUCCUCCGAAAUACAGCCGUGCUGCAGAGCUCUACAUCUUCUGCGCUACCACGAGCGAAGGGAAGGUCAUGGACAUCAAUGAUGCUGCUGCCAUCAAGUUGCUGGUACCACUCAGACUGACUCUGUACAUCCCCAAACCACAAUUUUAUCCCCCUUCUUCUUCUAUCCACGCUUCGCAGACCGAAGAGCAAAUUUCCGAGUUCAAGGAGGCCUUCUCUCUCUUUGACAAGGAUGGAGAUGGAUCUAUCACCGUCAAGGAGCUCGGAACUGUGAUGCGAUCCCUUGGUCAGAACCCGACCGAGGCUGAACUGCAAGACAUGGUGAACGAAGUUGAUGCCGACGGCAACGGUUGCGUAGACUUUGCAGAGUUCAUCGGUCUGAUGGCCCGUAAGCUACGAGAUGUCGACAGUGAAGAGGAGAUCAAGGAGGCAUUCAAGGUCUUUGACAAGGAUGGUAACGGAUACAUCUCGUCGGCCGAGCUGCGUCACGUCAUGACCAACCUGGGCGAGAAGCUGUCAGACCAAGAAGUCGAGGAGAUGAUCCGAGAGGCGGAUGUUGAUGGUGAUGGACAGAUCAACUACCAGGAAUUCGUUACUAUGAUGAUGAGCAAGUAAUUCGGAACCACGCAAUGUCCGAAGUGCACUUUCUCUGAUGUCUAAGCUCGUGGGAUAGGCAGAUCUCCCUGUUGCGGCAGCUGGCUGCAGUGACGCAACUACAACACGAUGGGAAACAGGAAUUGUGGUCAGCUCAGCUGGAUGGCCGGUAGAAUAUUCCUCCCUUGGCUUCUACUUGAGAUUCUCAUAGCCGUCUGCAAUCCGUCUUCCCUUCUGUCUGUCUGUUCUCCCCUGUGACUUGGACGCCUUGAACCGAGGGUGUACCCUGUCUUGCGCCCCUUUGCGCGUGUGCGGGUGUGCGUGUGUCUGUGUC